GAAGUUACAAGGAAAAAUUAAUGGGAAGAGAGAAACGGUCAUGUCAAGGUAAACAACACUUCAGCCACCCCCACAUCUUGAAACUAAUUAUGAAUCCAGCACUAGCUGAAACUCUCACUUGCAAUGCUUGUAAGCAACCAAACAUUACUACUAAGCCUAACUUCUAUGGCUGCAAUAGUUGCCAACGUUUUCUUCACGAAAACUGCCUCAACGCUUCACGUUUUCUCGAUCAUUCUUCUCAUCCUUCCCAUCACUUGACCCUUCUCCCAGUCCCGACGUACUCAAAUUGUUCCUAUACUUGCAAAGCUUGUGGCUCUGCUGGAAAUGGCUUUAGCUUUAGCUGUGCCCCUUGCGAAUUCGAUAUCCACUUGCAAUGUGCUCUUUUGCCACAAACUGUUGUGCUUCCCCAGCACCCUCAUGAACUUGAGCUCAUAUUUGAAUCCCCUUUUGAUGAUGAGCCCGAUGAAAGCACCAUUUUUGUCUGUGAUAUCUGUCAUGAUAACGCAGAUCUUAAUUACUGGUUGUAUUAUUGUGCUGACUGUGAUUUUGGUACACAUCUUGAAUGUGCCAUUUCCAAAUCUGUUAGCCAACAAGAACGGAAACUGCUAGUCAACAAGCCAAGACCAAAUCCAGUAGUACUCAUGAAAAAAGAGGGAGAACCAAUCAAGAUACAAGAAAUCAAUUAUGAGGACGUGGACGAGAAAGAGGAAGCGGAAGAAGAAGAGGAGGAAGAGGAAGUAGAAGACAAAGAGGAAGAAGAAGAGGAAGACGAAGACGAAGACGAGGAUGAAGAGGAAGAGGAACUCAAAAUUCCAAGGUCAAUACUUAUUGACAAACACCCACAUGAGUUGGAGCUCCUCUUUGGUUCUCCUUACGAAGAUAAGGAUAUCACAUUUGCUUGUGAUAUCUGCAAUAUAAUAAUGGACAGGGCAGAAUCGUUGUACUAUUGCGCUGAUUGUGAUUUCGGGUCGCACUUGCAGUGUGCAUGUCCUGACUCUUAUGAUGCUUUCCCAACAUCACAGCAGAGUACUCAUAAUCUAAAUCCAAAUCCAUAUCCAACAUAUCCAAAUCAAAAUCCAAAAUAUCCAAUUCUAAAUCCAAAUCCAACAGUGGAGAUGAUAAAUUCAGUUAAUGAUGCUCAUGAGCAACUUAUAGCAGCUCAAAUUGAAUCUCAGAUUGCGGCACGAGGAAGGCAGGCUAUGCUAGACUCAAUCGACGGGCCAUCAGGAAGAUAUUAUUACUGCUAACUGCAUACAAUAUAUCUUGAUCAUCCAUUGCAAUCCGGUUUGACAUUCAUGUUAAUUUUCUGCAAAUUAAAUGCUUUGCAGCUGUUGUGUUAUUUCCUUUAGGAGCACCUUCUCUUUCAACUUCUGUAUGUCUAUAAUUC